AGCAGACCAAAACCUACCUCCGCUCCCCGCCCCCUCAACGCCGCCGUCACUGUCACAGGCAGUCCACCACUCAGUUCACUCCUCUUGCUGGACGCCGGCGACCAUGGCCGACGCCGCAAGAGCAACGGCGCCGCCUCACCACGGCAGCCUCCCGGACGAGAUCACCAUGGAGAUCCUCGUCCGGCUGCCCCCCAAAUCGCUCCUCCGCUACCGCGCCGUCUGCCGCGCAUGGCGCAGCGCCACCUCCACCCGCGGCUUCCUCCUCGCCCACCACGCCCUCCAGCCCGCCCUCCCCCUCCUCUACGGCUACAACUUCGUCGGCGACGAGGUCCAGUCCCUGGACAUCAUCCCCUUCCACCAGCGGGCAGGCGCCGGCCAGCCCCAGCUCCAGCUCCAGCCCGUCGCGCGGCUUGAGCAAGACUCCGACUUCCACCACCUGGAGGCCUGCUGCGACGGCCUCCUCGUCCUCUCCUUCCGCAACACCAGCGUCCGCGACUGGCGCUUCGCCGUCUGCAACCCCGCUACUCGUCAGUAUGCUCCCCUCCCCUUGGCUUAUGGCUCCGGCGUCGAGUACUCGCUCUUGGGGAUGUACCCACACAUCCCCACCGGCGACUACCGGCUGUUGAUGUACCGGGCCUCAGCAUUGAUGCAUGGUGAACUGGUGCCUGCCGCUGCUCAAGACGGCUCCUACAUCUUCACAUUGGGCUCCGGCCAGCCACCGAGGCACAUAGGUUUCCUUGACGCGGAGGUACUGACGUACACCUUUGGAUCUCUCCUGUUUCGUGGUAGCCUGCAUUGGCACCCACCAGGCAACAUGAUAAUGGUGUUCGACACCACGACCGAGUUGUUCCGGCAGAUGCGCGCUCCGGUUGUUCCUCCUGGCCAUGCUAAGUUGUUUCAGAUGGAUGAAAUGCUUGGCAUGUCCGGCUUUAAUGAUGCAGCGACAACCAUUGAUAUCUGGGUGGCGCAGGACUACGAGAACGGGGUCUGGGCCUGCAAAUACAGGGUAGAGUUCUCAGUUGCAGACCUCACUCCGCGGUUUGGAAAGUUUGACGAAAGUUCUUGGGCGGUGGUCGUGCCUUGGGAUGGUGACGUGCUCCUACUGGUCAAUUUUGGUGAGUGGCUGCUUCAGGUUGACAUUGAGGGCAAGUUGGUCGCUACUUUCCAUCGCAGAGGCCUCGGUCCUGCAAAUCUUGGGCUCAAGCAAACUCUUGUUCAUCAUACCUUCUUUCCGACACUGGAGGGUUAUGUUGCCAACUCUUUGCCUUUCAUCUGACAGAUGUUAUGUCAAUUGGUGAUUCUAGCCCAACUGUCACUAUCCUCAUGAGCUGCAGUGUGUAUCAGUUCGGUCCACUAUGAGCCUGCUAGUUUCAUUUUGAUGCACAGACAAGUUAUGAUCAAGAAGCUUGACUGUUUCAUGGCUAUGUUUAUAUUUCUCUGAAUGUUCUUCUGGGCUCAAGUGGCUGCCGUGAGUCUUGAUGCUAAAAUUACAAGUCUCUGUUUAUUUAACUGAAGAAUUUCUUCUCCUUUUAUCAAGGUCCUCUUUUUAUAGAUAACCAUUGCUCUUCUUAAUACUAAAUAAUUAGUAAAUGUACAUUUGAUUUAUGUUUCUCUGUUUUGUUUUAGCUGACAAGAAAUGAGGCAGAUUAUCCUUUUUUUAAUUAUAGUCAAUUUUUCAAUCAAAUGUUGUGCUGCAGUUCAUUUCUUUUUCAUGAUUCCAUUGCAUUUGGUUAGGUAUUGAGACAUACUGUUUUAAUCCUUCCUUUACACUGUAUCAUUUGGAGUUAUAUUUAUCACUUCACUUUAUCUGUAACCAUUUUAAGGAAUCAAUGAUUCAUGUGAUGUUUGAUCUUAACAUAAGCUCGAGAAAUGGAACCUUCAUUGAUAA